UCAUCGAAUCCGAAUGGUUUUCUCCGCCGAAAUUUUGCCCGCAAAAUAAGCCAUUCUGCAGCAAAAAUGGAGGUCGAACCCGCUGACACCGAGGUUGACUACUCAAUCAUUCGAGAUCCCAUCUUCACGAGUGUGCGGAGCCUGGACGAUUACGUCAAUGUUAUGUCGAUAGGGACGCCGGAAAUCAAACGGAUCAUAUCUGAAGAAUGCGACGUCAUCCUUGAAUGCAAGGUCUGCCAGAGUUUGUUCCGAUCGCUGCCUAAUUUAGUCUCCCAUAAGCGUGUUUAUUGCAAGACGAAGUUUGCGGGUUACAUGCCUCCCGUGCCGUCGCAUAUCACCGAGGAUGAGACCGUUGUAUUGGAGCCGACUGAUCCGGACGAGGAUGGGGAAAAAGAUCAAGAAUCGAAAGUGAUGCGCCCUGUAUAUGAGAGUGUUUUAGAUGGAUCGUUCGAAGGAGCGUCGAUGGGUUAUAAAGUUUUGACGGAUGCGUUAUUGAAAGAACAAAGUUUAGCCGAAGAUAAGGCAACGACUGUCGUUGAGUUGGAUACGAUACCUGGGAAUUCGAACGCUAUGUUCCAGUCAGUUGAGACCUAUCAAGGCAAGGCACCAUCAGAUGCAGAACUGAAAAAUAUUGCUAAAAACAAAAAGCGUAAGCGUGAAGCUGAACUAGAAGGGGAGGGUAGUAAGAAUAAGAUUGUCAAGGUUGUGCCACAGGCAGCGACCCACAGCCAUGUUAAGUUCUCGCUGCGUAACCGCAAAGCCACCGACACUGAGUCGGAAGACGUGGUCAAGAAAACGCCGGGCAGACGGUCGUCUUGCUACGAAUGGAAGAAACACGUCAACGUCAAGUCAGUUUCCUGCAACAUCUGCUCGCAGAAGUAUUCGUGUUUGAAAACAUUGCGAUUUCACGUGGAAACCAUCCACCAAGAGAAGCGACGAUUUUACCCAUGCCCGUUCUGUAAAGCGCUAUUUUCACAGGUUUGGGGCACGCGGCGUCAUGUUGAACGGCGACACAAUAAAUCGUAUGAGCAGUGGACCAGGAUUUCUGACGAGGUCAAAGAGAGUUCGUUCCUUGUUCCUGUCGAUGAGUUGGACGAAAACGGUCGUCCAAAGAAUUACGAGCUGGCUACCCAGAAGAAGAGGACGAUGGCAUUGGGGAUGGCCACAAAGUCUAAAGUACGCGCUGUCGCGACAAUAAAGAGAGCAGCUGAGAAGAAAUCUGCUGCGAAGUUGUCCACGACGAUGGAUAGCGAUACUGGCAGUGUAAGUGGUAGCGCAAGCAAUGAUGAUGAUGAUGAUGAUGAUGAAACACUUUCCAAUGAGGAUUCGCCAAAACCACAGACCGUGUAUCGCAAACCUGGAGAGGUGAAGACGCCGACGACGUUUAGUGCGGUGCCCGGGAAGAUUUUGAAGGUGAAGGUUUCGCCCAUUAAAUUAGAUGGAAAGGACGUGAAAUCAGCUGACGGCAAAGGAGGCUCGAAGGACGGAAGAGAUGAGAUACGUAAACGAAAACGGACAUUAAGUCAUGAUACCGGUUUGACGACGACUGCAAGUGGAAAGAAAGUCUACAAGUGUUACAAUUGCGGAGCAUUGUACGACAUUAAAGGAUCGUUGAAUAAGCAUAUCAACAGAGGGCGCUGCUUUAAGAAAGGCACAAGUGCCGCUGUGAAGGCGAAGGUUAAAAUUCUCGAUACGAAUAAGGCGCAGGUCAAGGUUGAGAAGGAUGAGAAGAGUUCUGAUAGGACACCCGAGAAAGCCGAGAAGUCCGACAAAUCUGAUAAAGCGGCGAAAGAUGCGGCUGCAGCGAAACGUGAAGCUCUUGCAAGUGUUCUCUCUCCCAAGCAGCUGCGUAAGGUGAACUCGCUCAUGGACAGAGACAAUAUAAAAUGUCUCCAGUGUAAGAAGCAAUUCACCGCUUUGAUUCUCCUCAGUCGUCACGUCAUCCGCCAUCUUGGAAUCGUGCGCUAUAAGUGUAAGUUCUGCCUAUACAAGAGCUUCAACCAGGGUGAGUGCAUGAAACAUGUGCGGAACUCGCACAAGAAAAAUGAUGCGCAUAAAUUCGUUAUGAACAUUGACAAAGAUUCAGAUGAUACGAAAUCUGAUGCGAGCUGCCGCGGAUUGUCUGCCGAGAAUGCGAAAUUCAGCGGGACGAGAAAUUCCGCUGGUGUCUUGAAGACGAUCAAGCAGAAGAGCCCUGUGACCAGUGGCGCCUCGAGUAGCGAGGCACCAACCUCCCCUGGGGUUUCUCCGGCUUUCAAUCUGCACGUCGCAAAGCGCUUAUUCGCCGGUGCCACUAAAUCUGGUGACGAAGCGGAGACUAAAGUGGUAAUGGUUAAAGACGAACCGCCAAGUCCGACCGGGAGUCGGUCGGGUAGCCGGACGCGUAGCAGUAGUGUUGGUAGCACAAACAGUGCCGGUAUUGACUCAACAAACAUUGUUGAUCCGAACAGUAAGAACUAUAACAUUUCAACGCGAAACUCACCACGGCUGUUCGACACGAAACCUUACAAACGUGUCGAUGGUUUCGGGUCUUUGACGACCCGGCAUGGUACUUAUGAGAAAAAAGACGGCGCUGAGGGCAGUGCUGAUGAGAAUUCCGGAAAGAAAGGUAAAGACGGGUACACGACGAUUAAGAAUGCUGGGAAUAAAACUCCACCCAGGGACAAUAAGACAGCCGAACAAAUUAAGAAAGAGAAGGACCAUAGCACAGAGAAACUGAUCGAAGAAAUCUUUGGAUGAGAAAAUGAUGCUGUCACCAGGCAAAAGUGUCUUCCCUGACUGUUUUGAAUGUGUCAGCCUGACACAUUUAAAACAGCGCCGUGCCCCUGCAUUAGUGCAUGCGAUGUUGCGUUGUAACAGAAAACCUGCGAAAACCUGUGUCAUUGCUUGCAUUGCGAGAAAAAUGGUUCAUAUGGCUUGCUAAAUGCAAUUGCAACGAUGUGAAUAGCUUUUUAGAUUGCUUUAGGUUAGAUGAGAAACUUUCA